AUGGCGUUGUCAGCAAGCUCAUCAUCCAAGAUCCUCGAAGGCGGGUGUCUAUGCGAAGCCGUCCGCUACAAGAUUUCCUUCCCCAAGGAUCACGACCUUUCCAAAGACUCUUUGGGGUGCAUUUGCCUCUGCACCCAGUGUCGCAAGCAAACAGGAAGCUUUUUCCUCGCGACCUUGACAGUCCCCAUCUCCGCCAUCGAGUGGCAGGGCGACUCGGAGGACAAGAUCAAAAGAUAUCGCAAGUCCGAGAAUAUCGCUCGGGGCUUUUGCGGCAACUGUGGCUCCUUUUUGUUCUGGCAUCCCGAUGGGGGAGACAUUAGCAUCGCGACUGGAAGUCUGGACCCUUUGUAUCUUUUCGGCGAAGGAUUUGAGGACAAGAAGGGCGGGGUUCCCUCGGAUGGGUUUGCAAAGGAGAUCUUCAGUGGAAAUUUCAAGGUCGAGUAUUGUGAGAGUGAGAUCAAGGGCGUCACGGAUGAUAUGCCAAUUCUUCACAGGGGAAAGCGAUAUCAAGGCGAAACUCGUAAUUCUUGA